UCAAUCUUUCCGCCCACAAUCCCUCCGCCCAAACCGGAGCAAAACGGGAUCAAGUCCGCCGCGCAUGGCGGUUGGUUCUGCUGUUAGCGAGUAACUGCUGUCCCUCUACCAUCGUCUCCACUGACACCCGAUGAGAACCCUAAUUUCUCCGAACCCAACCCAACUCAAUCAUCUGCUGGUUCCCCAUUUCUCAUCAUCAUCAUCACUCGUCCGUUCUCUAUCCAAUCCUCAUCGGAGAAACCGCAGGUUCAUCCACACUCCUGAUCCAAAAUGGCUUCGCAAUGCGACCCUCAUGGCGUUGCUCUCGACCAGAACCUCAGCUGCUUCCGGGUCGGCGAGCUAUGGCGGGUGGGAAGACUUCGGGCCCAUCGACGACUCCGUCCGCCCCGGUGAGUCCACCCAGUUGCGGAAAUUCUUGGUCUCUGUAGGACUCGAUGAUCAGAGGCACGUGUUUAUGUUCGCCUUGGGGCUUGUCUGUGCGCUGGCCAUUUCUAGAGUAAGGGUUUCUUCUCUAGUCAUAUUCCCCGCUUGCGUCUCGGUUUUUGUGGUCGGGUUCUCGCUUGGUUUGGUUCGUGGCGGAAUUGUCGCUGAGGCGGGUGGGAGUAAGAGGCGAUUGAAAGAGGACGUGGUUAAGGUUUACGGCGAGAAGUGGCGGAAAUUCGUGGAUUUUUUGGAUGAAUUAGAUGUUAGAGUUAACCAUUUAACGAGUGGUGUUAAGAAUUCUAUGGAGCGUAAGAGAGUUGGAUUAGAUGAUUUGGAAAGUUACGUUCGAGAACUUGAGACAAUCAGUUCUUCGGCUUCGAAUGUUAGAGAUUACUUUCGUGGCUCUCUAGCUAAUGUUGGGAACUCCAGCGACUCGUUAACUGAGAAUGAGAAGUCAAACAAGAAAAGGAAAGACCAUGGGGAAUUCGGGUUUCCAUUGUUGGAAUCCAUGGGGGGCCUAUUCAGGGACAGUUUGGGUGGUCUAAAGCCUAACAAAGUGAAAGAUAGUAUUAAAGAAGAGAACUUGGGGAGUGUGGCGAAGGAUUAUGCUAUUGAAGGUGCUCCAAAAAUGGCAUCUGAAGUUAAUUCUGGUAAUAAAAGUUCCGGUUCAUACCAAGAUGUGGUAAAUAGGCCAAAAUUUUAUCAUGGUGGAAGAAGAACAAGAGAGGUUAUGGAAAAUGGAAGUAUGAGUUUGGAUGAAGAGGGUGAGAGUGCCAGAAAUUAUAUCAACAACAUGAGGAGGUUAAAUUACCACACAGACAGAUUUCAUUCCUCAAAUAGUCAAUAUGUGUACUCGAAGGGAAGGCACAGUUAUGAAUCUCAAACACACAAACCCCAUGAGAACCAGCUCGAUUUUGUGGAUUUUGACAUGAAGACAAAACAUGCGGAAACUGAGGCUUCCUUUGUGGAAGACCAGUUGCUUCAGGAAUCUGAGAGGUAUUAUGCAUCUCGCCGAAGCAGCGAAAGGAGGAAGGUGGAAACUUACCAAUCUCAAGUGAGAAAGGAAAAUAUGAAUUCCCAAGAAGAUCUUUUGUUUGUUGAUCACCGGUCUGAACUUGAGGGAGAUGUUAGUUCGAUAUCCUCUCCAAAUAUUUUAGAUGACAUGGAGUUUGAUAGGUAUCUAACAGAAGCAAAUAACCGUCUAAAGCAAGCCAAGGAGUUGGUGAGGCGACGACAUGAUGAAGAGCAUGCAGAGGCCAUCCUAUAUGAGUCUGCGGAAUUGCUCUCUAGAGCGAUAGCCAUGAAACCGAUGAGCUUGUUGGCCGUGGGUCAGUUGGGCAACACCUAUCUACUCCAUGGAGAACUUAAAUUGAGAAUUAGUCGUGAUCUGAGAACUUUAUUAACAAGCAGUGAGUCAUACUUUGAGAGACGAGUUAGAAUUGGAGACAGUGGUGGCCACCAUUCCAGCAAAGAUAAAGUUGCUUCUGUGCUUGUUCAGGUGUGUGAGGAGUGUGAGGAACUUCUAGUAGAAGCUGGCAGAAAGUAUAGGCUUGUAUUGUCAAUUGAUGGGAAUGAUGUUAGAGCCUUGUACAACUGGGGUCUUGCUUUAUCCUUCCGUGCACAGUUAAUUGCAGACAUAGGACCAGAAGCAGCUUUUGACGCAGACAAAGUGUUUAUGGCUGCAAUAGAUAAAUUUGAUGCAAUGAUGUCUAAAGGAAAUGUAUAUGCUCCAGAUGCUUUGUUCAGAUGGGGUGUGAUAUUGCAACAAAGAUCUCGCUUACGGCUGAGAAACAGCAGGGAGAAAGUGAAGUUGCUUGAGCAGGCAAAGAGACUAUAUGAAGAUGCACUCAAUAUGGACUCUGACAAUUCUCGUGUAAGGGAGGCCUUAUCCGCAUGCAUGCUUGAGCUGGACUAUAAGCACUCGUAGUAGCAUUUACUGCCGAAACUCUCAGGAAUCAUUAUGUUUUCCCUUCUGUAAGCUCUAUGCAUUGGGCCUAGAAUUUUGUCUCUCCAAUAAUUAUCCGAUAACCGUGCUUUAGGCGGGGCACUCUUUCAAGCAUCGCGUAUCUGUGUAAGUGGUUAAUAAAUGGGGAAAUAAGGAGGAGGGCAAUUGAAGCGAAGCCAAAUAAUCACAAUAAGAUGACACUGUUUCUGUUUUGUGCUCGACCGACUUGGUGUCAGUAAGAUUAUACAUGUAUUAAAAUCCAUUGCUGACUUGGGGUUACUCUUAAGUGUGUGGCAGGAGUCAGUUGAAUCUUGAAGUUUCAACUCCAUUCUUUCAUGGCUCUUCUAUUUGUUCAUUUAGCAAGCA